AUGGCGCCCCGUCCACCCACCAUCCUCUCUCUCAUGUCCUCGACAUCGUACCCUCCGGUGCCCAAUGUCGACGACCUCGUCAACCUCCAACAGGCUAUCAUGGCCCAGUCGGCCGCCGUGGCCGGCAGGUUAACCGCAGCGGCAGCGGCCAGCGCAGCUGCCGGCGCCGGGGACGAUGAGCGGCGAGGGAAGAAGGACAAGAAGCAGCGCGAACGAGAGUCAACUGUCGAGCGUGAACGCGCGGCACUGGCGGCCAACGAGCGUGCAGGCAUGGCUCUUGAGGCCGUCGAGCGACGACGCGUUGAUGUGCCUGGUGAUUCAAAGAUCAAACGCGAACGAGUUUCUCCCGCGCCAUCAAACGCAUCAUCAGCUUCAUUUCGCCCACAACCUGGACAGGCGACAUAUGGCGGUAUGCUGAACAAGAAGAAGAAGCCAAAACGUGUGCUGGACUCUGACGACGAGGGCUCUCCAGCCCACCCGACCCCACCACCCCACUCUGCGUCUACUUCUGGGCUCAAGCUCAAGCUCGCACCGGGCGGCCACCAAAAGUCUCGACCUCCAUCCCAUGCCGACCCCAGCCCAACCCCAUCCGCCUCUACGGCCGGCACCCAGCCUCCCAACAACAUUGACUGGUCCCUUCCUCCCAACCCCCAGCGCCCUCUGGUCCCUCCCCGUCCCGGCGUGCAGAAGCCCUUGAAGGCCGGCCCCAAGCGCCAGAGCGAGGUCGACGCCGACUACAGCGACAAGAAGGCGCCGUCCCAGAUCGCCUGUCAGACCUUUUGGCAGAACAUUGAGCCUUACAUCCGCGACCUGCGCGAGGACGACCUGGCCAUGCUCAACUUCAAGGCCGACACGCCCGACUCGUACACUAUCCCCCCGCGUGGACGGCACUACACCGAGAUCUGGGAUGAGGAGGACGGCAACCCGCUCGGCACGACGCCGCGUUUCCCCAUCCCGGCCAUGCGCCAUCCGAACGGCGCGCCGGCCAUCGCCCACUUUGUGCCCUCGGAGACACGCGAUCAGAACCUCGUCGAGGAGACCCGUGGCCUCGGUCCGAUGACGGAGCGUAUCGUUGCGGCCGUCAUUGGCGGCACUGACAUUGCCGCCGCCGCCAAGGAGGAGGCGCUCAAGAUCCCCGAGCCCGACAGCGAGGCGAGCCGGGAAGCGAGCCGCGUCGACGUUGUCGAUCUCGAGGACCGGGUCAAGAAGGAGCUCCGCUCAGUGAUGCUUCUGGGAGACCACGAAGAGUUGGACCCGGCCAACCGCGAAGACGACGAGGUGACGUCUGCGCUGCGGCAGUGCCAGCGCCUACUGGCCAAGCAGACGGCGCUGAACGAGUCGCGCAAAGUCAAGCUCGCCAAGAUUGCGCGCGACCGCCUCGCGUUUGGCGAGUACCAGUCUGUCCUCGACGACGCCGAGAAGCAGAUCGAGGCGGCGUGGGCCAAGCGUAUCAAGAAACACGGUUCGGGCGGCAAGCAGACGAUCCAGGACGGUGUCGUGAGCGGCCACGGGCGCCCGACGGUCCCCGAGUCGCUCAAGCAAAAGCUCAGCCUGCGCCGGCGAUGGAUGGACACUGUGGGCCGCACGAUGCGCGAGCGGCCCAUGGGCGAGGUCAUGGGCCUGCCUACCAAGAGCAUAUACGAGGGCAUUGGCGACGAGGGCGGCGGCGACGACGACAAGGGAGCCGGCGACGAGUCGAUGGAGGUCGACGAGAUGGACGCCGACGAAGUGGACGGCACGGCAGUGUAG